GUCCGCAGUCCGAGUGCUUCCCCAGGGGCAGGCCCCGAAGGGAGUCCUGAUAUCGUUUAGCGUUCUGGCGUCAGCGGCUCUGCUUUCUUUCGCUUUGCGGCUUGGUGUCCCCAGUGCAUUUCCCAGUGACAGCUUUUUUGGGCUGACCCGCGAAAGUUACGGCCUCCAGAUCUGGAGGUAGCGGCUUCCGUCCCUGUCCACUGUAAGGGGCGCGUCCCUCGAGGGUUAGGCCAACCCCAUGGGGCCCACCCGGAAGCCUAACGUGUGCAGCCGGCUGAGUCGCCGGACGCUGGGCUUCUUCUCUCGCGACGCAGGCGUGGUGCAGAGGACGAACCUGGGCAUCCUGCGGGCGCUGGUGUGCCAGAAAAGUACAACAUUUAAGAACGUUUGGACAACUCAUUCCAGGGCGCCUAUAUCCUAUGAGAGGGGAAGAAUCUAUUUUGAUAAUUAUCGGUGCUGUGUCAGCAGUGUUGCAUCAGAGCCACGAAAACUUUAUGAAAUGCCAAAAUGUUCCAAAUCAGAAAAAAUAGAGGAUGCUUUAUUGUGGGAAUGCCCAGUGGGGGAAAUACUUCCCAAUCCGUCAGAUUAUAAGUCCUCACUCAUUGCACUGACUGCUCAUAACUGGCUGUUUCGUAUAUCAGCAAAUACAGGAAAAAUCCUUGAGAAAAUAUACCUUGCAUCUUAUUGCAAAUUCAGAUACUUGAGCUGGGAUACUCCUCAAGAAGUCCUUGUGGUCAAGUCAGCUCAGAACAAAGCCUCAGCGAUGGCCCGGCAGGCAGGCAUUCAACAGCCUGUUUUGUUAUACCUUGCAGUGUUCCGAGUUUUGCCUUUCUCACUUGUAGGGAUUCUAGAGAUCAGCAAAAAGAUUUUCGGGAGCGUUACAGAUGCAACUUUGUCCCAUGGAAUCCUGAUCGUGAUGUACAGCUCCGGACUGGUCAGGCUGUAUAGCUUCCAAGCCAUCACUGAACAGUUCAUGCAACAGAGACUUGACUUAGGGUGUGCAUGCAGAUGGGGUGGGACUGCUGGAACUGUAGGAGAGGCUCCUUUUGGCAUUCCUUGUAAUAUUAAAAUAACAGACUCACCACCACUGCUGUUUGAGGUGUCGUCUUUGGAGAGUGCUUUUCAGAUUGGAGGGCAUCCUUGGCACUACAUCAUCACACCCAACAAGAAGAAGCAGAAAGGAGUUUUCCACAUCCGUGCUCUAAAAGACAAUGCCUUGGCAAAAAAUGGAAUCCAAGAAAUGGAGUGUUGUUCUCUAGAAUCUGACUGGAUCUAUUUCCAUCCUGAUGCUUCUGGUAGAAUAAUACAUGUUGGCCCAAAUCAAGUCAAAGUUUUAAAGCUAAAUGAAGUAGAAGAUGAUAGUUCUCAGCAUCAGGUCUCUGAAGAUUUUGUCAUAUUUGCCAAUAGGGAGAACAAAAAAGAAAAUUUAUUCACUGUUACAGCAUCUGGACGGAUGGUAAAGAAAACUUUUACUCUUCUGGAUGAUGACCCAGAGCAAGAGACUUUCAAAAUUGUGGACUAUGAAGAUGAGUUAGAUUUGCUUUCCGUGGUGGCUGUUACCCAGAUUGAUGCUGAAGGAAAAGCUCACCUGGAUUUUCACUGUAAUGAAUAUGGAACUUUACUUAAAAGUAUUCCACUAGUAGAGUCCUGGGAUGUGACAUACAGCCAUGAGGUCUACUUUGACAGAGACUUGGUGCUACACAUAGAACAGAAACCCAACAGAGUCUUCAGCUGCUACGUGUACCAGAUGGUAUGUGACCCUGGGGAAGAAGAAUAAGAAGCCAUAAGCAGAAGUUGUUAAGUUAAAAGGCGGGCUAAUUGUAACUUAUCAGUUACAGUUACAGUUCUGGCCAGACACACCAGCACCUGUGUCUAGUCCUCCCUUUCCUUAUCUACGUAACACAUCCUCUAAUGUUUUCCUGGAAGGUCUUGAGUUGAAUACAGAUAAUUAAGACUGAACUCGAUGAGAACUUCAAGAAGAUUAACGAUUUGGAGAAUUUAGGUAGUUGAUAAUGUACAUGCAAAGUGCUAGAGAAAAAACUGAAAUCCAGUUGUUGAGGGAAGGGUCAUCAAUGGGGAGUUUAAGGGUAGAAUGGAAUUUUGAUUGGCAAAGCUUGAAGAGGGACACAAAAUAAAGAUACAAAAAGAAAUUCUAUGUUGUGUGUACAAACUUUGAGGAUGAGAAAUGAGAUGUAUUAAGUGUCUUCACAAUUUUUAAGUGUUAUAUAUAUAUAUUUGUUUUAUGUUUAUAUAUAGUAUGAUGAGUUGCUUCCAGUUUUCAAAUUAUCUAGUCUUCCAUAGCUUUAUUCUCUUGGCUUUAUGUUUCCAUGGAAAUCUUGUGCUCCUUUUACAAUGUCAAAGAUUCCAAGCAAAACUUUGGUGAAUUUUUUCUGAAUUUUAGCCUGUUCAGUUCUUGACAUAUGCAAGGAUAUGUCACAGCACCAUUCUAUCUAUUUUGUUUGGGCAAUAUUUUUGCACCUAUGAAAUAAGAUAAAGGUAACACCAGUCAAACUUAUGUACUGUCUUAGGCUUAGGUUUUAAGUAGAGAAUUUUAGAGUGGAUAAUUUCUAUUAAAAUCUUCCAAUUUUUGGUUGCUUCCAUAUUAACACUGAUGUGAGUUUUGCUCAAGUCUUUCC